CAGCGGGCGGCUAGAAGGAAGAGCUCUCUGCCGCAAGCCAGAAGAAUUGCAAUUGCGCAGAGGGAGCGGGAGCUCUAGGGUGCCUUGCCUCGCAUCUCUUGGGCGGCUUGCAUGAUUUUUUCCCCUCUCUUCCACGAUACAGGCAAGAACCAAAUUGUGUGCAAGGUCAAGAUCCAGAGCGUCAGCGUCCGCGCCACGCACAACCCCGCAGCCCAGGGCACCGUCCAGCCGCAGUCGGAGACCUCGCCGCCGCCGCCGCCUUCUGCCCCUUCUCCACAGAAAUCGGCACUCUCUCCCACGCGCGGAGUCUGCCAAACUAUGUCGCACAAGAAGCUGUUCGAGGAACUCUCGGGCAGAGGCAAAGCCAUCGGAGUCCUGACCAGCGGCGGCGAUGCUCAGGGCAUGAAUGCCGCAGUCCGUGCAGUGGUACGCAUGGGGAUCUAUGUUGAAGCGAAAGUGUAUUUUAUCUACGAGGGAUACCAAGGUAUGGUUGAUGGGGGUGAAAAUAUUGUUGAAGUUACAUGGGAGAGUGUUUCAAGUAUCCUCCAAGUGGGGGGGACUGUUAUUGGCAGUGCUCGCUGUAAAGCUUUUCGAACUCGUGAAGGUCGCUUGAAAGCGGCCUGCAAUCUAGUGAAGUGUGGAAUCACAAACCUUUGUGUGAUUGGGGGAGAUGGCAGCUUAACUGGUGCAAAUAUCUUUCGGGAAGAGUGGAAUGGCCUGUUAGAGGAGUUGGCAAAGAAUGGUGAGAUUGAAGAAGAAGCUGUAAAGAACUAUGCUUACCUGAACAUUGUGGGAAUGGUUGGGUCCAUUGACAAUGAUUUCUGUGGAACAGACAUGACUAUUGGCACAGAUUCUGCCUUGCAUAGAAUCAUUGAAGUGGUGGAUGCCAUCAUGACUACUGCUCAAAGCCAUCAGAGGACCUUCGUCCUAGAAGUGAUGGGAAGACACUGUGGGUAUCUGGCACUUGUUAGUGCUUUAGCCUGUGGUGCAGACUAUGUAUUUAUCCCUGAAUACCCACCUGAGGAAGGGUGGGAAGAUCACAUGUGUGCUAGGCUUUCUGAGAACCGUGCCCGAAAGAAAAGGUUGAAUAUAAUAAUUGUGUCCGAAGGAGCAAUUGAUUCAUUCAACAAGCCUAUCACUUCUGAACAAGUUAAGGAUCUUGUGGUGAGUCGGUUAGGGUUUGACACACGAGUGACCAUUCUUGGCCAUGUGCAACGAGGAGGUACACCCUCUGCUUUUGAUCGGAUUUUGGCCAGCCGUAUGGGUGUGGAGGCUGUCCUUGCUCUUCUGGAAGCCACGCCUGAAACACCGGGAUGUGUGGUGACCCUCUCUGGGAACCUGGCUGUCCGCCUGCCCUUAAUGGAGUGUGUUCAGAUGACUCAAGAUGUACAGAAAGCUAUGGAUGAAAGAAGAUUCAAAGAUGCAGUAGAACUCCGUGGAAGGAGUUUUACCAACAACUUGAAUACCUACAAACUCUUGUCUAACAAAAAACCAGAAGACGAACUGCCUAAGAGCAAUUUCACUGUUGCUGUGUUGAAUGUGGGUGCUCCAGCAGCUGGGAUGAAUGCUGCUGUCCGUUCGGCAGUGAGACUUGGGAUCACUGAAGGUCACAAAAUGUUAGCUGUCACUGAUGGCUUUGAAGGCUUUUCUAGAGGGCAGAUUAAAGAAAUCAAGUGGGGAGAUGUUGGAGGUUGGACUGGCCAAGGAGGGUCAAUUCUUGGCACCAAACGUACACUCCCUGGAAAGUAUCUGGAGAAGAUUGCAGAACAUAUGCGUGCCCAUUGCAUCAACGCUCUCCUCAUCAUUGGUGGCUUUGAGGCAUACCUGGGACUAUUGGAGCUGUCUACAGCCCGGGAGAAAUACGAAGCAUUCUGUAUCCCCAUGGUUAUGGUUCCUGCCACCGUAUCGAACAAUGUACCUGGUUCUGAUUUCAGCAUUGGUGCAGAUACUGCCCUGAACACUAUCACUGAUACCUGUGACCGAAUCAAACUAUCAGCAAGUGGGACGAAACGACGUGUAUUCAUCAUUGAGACCAUGGGAGGCUACUGUGGCUACCUGGCUAACAUGGGGGCUUUGGCUGCAGGUGCAGAUGCUGCCUAUAUUUUUGAAGAAAAAUUUGACAUUCGGGAGCUUCAGGCCAAUGUGGAACAUCUGACCGAAAAGAUGAAAACCAACAUUCAGCGAGGCUUGGUACUCAGGAAUGAAAAUAGUAGCGAGAACUACACAACUGACUUCAUUUAUCAGCUCUAUUCGGAAGAAGGCAAAGGGGUCUUUGAUUGUCGAAAGAAUGUGCUGGGGCAUAUGCAGCAGGGUGGUGCUCCUUCUCCAUUUGAUAGAAACUUUGGGACAAAAAUAGCAGCAAAAGCUCUGCUGUGGAUCUCGAAACAACUGAAAGAAAACUACCGAAGAGAAGAAGGAAAGGUAUUUGCCAAUACUCCAGAAACUGUGUGCCUUCUAGGAAUGCGUAAGAGAAACCUAGACUUCCAGCCUGUGAUCACUCUACAGGAUGAAACUGACUUUGAGCACCGGAUUCCUAAGGAACAGUGGUGGCUAAAAAUGCGUCCUCUGAUGAAGAUCCUGGCCAAAUACAAAGCCAGCUAUGACAUUUCCGAAUCAGGCCAGUUAGAGCAUGUGGUGCGACCAAAGGCAUUAGCCUGAGUCUGUAAUGCCAGGAUGCCCCCUGAGUGGAACUCUUGUCUCCAUUGUGCAUCAACAGUGCUUUAGAAUGUGUUACAGCUUCUUUUUGUAACAUGUAAGUUAUUGUACCAGCACUUUACGUGGGAAG